CCGUCUUGGAAGGUGGUUGCAAACACUCGUUGCUUAGGCGAAAAUUUCUUGGCGAGUACUGGCUAUCCAGCAGCGCCCAGCUAGUUCGUUUGAGAUCUCUGAAAAAUUAAAAUUUACAACAAACUAAUCAUGCAGUCUUUGGUUAUCCUCGCAGCCACCCUCUGCCUCGCCCAGGCGUCCUACUACCUAGGCGCCCCGGCCCCCAUCCAACUCAGCCCGGAUGGUAAAUACGUCCUCGACACCCCGGAAGUAGCCCACGCUAAGGCCGCCCAUCUGGCCGCACACGCACAAGCCUCUACUUCUCAUGGCGCAUGGAGUCCCGGAUACGGCGGAUACGCAUCUGACGCACACUACGGCGCUCCUGCUGCCGGUCUUUACAAGUACGGUCCCGCUCCCCUUGCUCAUGACGGUCGUGUGAUCGACACCCCCGAGGUAGCCCACCUGAAGGCGGCCCACAACGCUGCCCACGCGGCCGCCCACGCUAACGCUGCCCACGGCGCGCUCGCCCACGCCGGAUCCUACGCACCCCUCGCGUACGCCUCAGCUCCCCUCGCCCACGGUGCCGGUUACGCUGCUGGUUACGGCAAAUGGACUGGUCCCCAGGCUCACAUUCAACUGACCCACGACGGCCAAUACGUAGUCGACACCCCUGAGGUACAACACGCAAGAGCAUCCCACUUGGCUCAAUACCACGCUGCCGCCCACGCCGCCGCCGCUGCCCCCGAAGAGUCCUGGGCACCCCACGGCCACGGCUGGCACUGAGCUCCUACCUCUUAACUGAUUACGACACUGCCUGACAAAGCUUUUUAUACAAAACGAUAAUGAAAAAACCAAA